ACUCAGUUAAGUGCGAAUUGUGUUGUUUACCUCGCACAUUUUGCUUUCACUAGCGAAUGUUUACAUUUAUAAUUGCUCCUUAGCACUAUUGAUUUAGUGAACAUGGCUGAAGACUUAAAAAGGACUAAGCUUUGUGUAAGAGAGCUGCAAAACGUAUUGUGUGCCAUUCGGAGCCUUGCUACUUCCUCGGCUACCAGUGUUCUACAAUCUACUCGCAUUUUAGUUUCGGUCAUCGAAGUGUAACAACGUCUCCGUUAUUAUCAAAACAAUGUUAUCGAGUUCGUAUCUAACAUUGAUAUAUAAAAGGCGAUAAUGUAAUUAGUUUUGUGCGGUAAUAAAACGAAAUUGUGAACUAAAUAAGUGUGUGGACCGGUUUAAGAUAUAUUUGUAAAAAUGAGACAUGCAUUCGACCGAAAUGCAAAAAAGUGUAUCAGUGCAAGUAGAUAGUGAUUUCGCGCUUUUUCUACCCGGUGGUGUGUACGAAAUUAAAAAAAUGGAACCAAGAUCGAAAUUACGAAAAGUGAUUCUAUUUUGCUUAUUGCUCUCCCUGUUUGGGAUGGUGGCAUUUGGAUACUUCUGCCCAGAUCAGGUGUGCGCAAUGUCAUCUCGAGAAAGAGUGGCAGAGUCCCUGGCCCUCUCGUACGCAGAAGCUCCGGGCCGGCCUCUCCCUGACGUCAUCGUACAACCAGGCCUCUCAUAUGACGAGGUCCUGCACGAUGACUUCAGGUUCGACCUCAACGCCCACGACGUCAUGGUCUUCUUGCAUAUUCAGAAGACCGGGGGAACGUCGUUCGGACGCCAUCUUGUGAUGGAUCUGGAUUUGAAGAGGCCGUGUAACUGUCAACGAGCGAGAAAACGUUGCCAUUGUUUUCGACCGCACAGCAACGAGAUAUGGUUGUUUUCGAGAUACUCCACCGGUUGGAAGUGUGGUCUUCAUGCAGAUUUCACCGAGCUGACAGCCUGCGUUGGUGGAGAACUGGACAGGCACGAAGGUUCUGCCGUCCACAGGCGGUACUUCUAUAUAACACUCCUUCGGGAGCCUGUCUCCAGGUAUUUAUCGGAAUACCGGCACGUGAAGCGAGGAGCAACCUGGAAGGGCUCUCGCCACUGGUGCCAGGGAAGAACAGCUUCUGCUUCGGAAGUACCCUCAUGUUACAACGGCGAUUCUUGGCGUGGUGUAACAUUGGAAGAAUUUACUGCCUGCUCGUGGAACUUGGCCAACAACCGGCAAACAAGAAUGUUGGCGGAUUUGGCACUGGUCGGAUGUUACAAUGGCACCCUGCGACACAGGACAGCUGAUACCGAUAGGGUACUCCUUGCGUCCGCAAAACGAAAUUUGGCCGCGAUGGCCUAUUUUGGCUUAACUGAGUUUCAGAAGAUAUCACAAUAUGUCUUCGAAGAAACGUUCAAUCUACGCUUUGCGGUUCCCUUCACGCAACACAACGCUACUGUUUCCGGCGCAACUCUCGCGGCGCUGUCGCCUGCACAGGUUGCGCAGAUCAAACAGCUCAAUUCGCUCGAUCUGGAACUGUAUGACUUCGCUAAGGGGCUUAUGUUUAAAAGAUUCGAAGCGUUGCGAAAACGGGACAGCGAUUUCGAGUUCCGCUGGCGACAUCUUGGCGAAGUGGCACCGCGUAGUGGAGUCACUGAAUUCGAUUGGGACAGCAAUCUAGAAGAUGGCACAACCGAAAAAUAUAAAGGAAAGUAAAGCCUUGUAUGCUAAAAUUUAUGUUAAAUUAAAAUUCACCUUGUGAAGGAUAUCGGAGAAUAAUUUGGCAAUGCAGUGCAUGCGCAGGAGUUUAAUAGAUUUUUUUGUUAAGCGUGCACUGUUUAUUGCCAAGUUAUGUGCCGAGACCUAUUUUAAAUUUUUGUACAUAAUAGAUAUACGCCACCAUAUUGUAAACGAACAAAUUGUAUAUUAACAUGUCUUAGGCCCGUAUUUCAUGGAUCUUGUAUUGAGUUACUAGGAUCAAUAGCUAUUAUGGGCUUCUGUGCAGUUUCUUUGAUGAUUAGGCAUGUCAGUUCAUAUUUCUAAAACGUUAAUUAUGAAUGUUUAGUGAUUUAACAUCGACACUUAGGGUACGAAUCAAAAAUACAAACUACUUUCAUUCCUAUACAUUAUAAUUGUAUUUUUCGCUUGCUUGAUGUUCUAGUAUUUUCUUUGUUUAAAAAAAUGCCGGACUCCAAUAUUAUUUUACCAUUUUUAACGCCAUUUAUUAAAUAUAUUUCGAGGUAAAAUUGUCGUUUCUGUUUUGCACUUUAAAAGUGUCGUCCUCUUGGAAUAGAGUCGUUUAUGGAUGUUGCAAAGGUACCAAUUCCUUAUAUUCAUAUAUGCGUUAAAAAUACUUCCUCGCAUUAAUUUGUUGUUAUUUCGAUUUAUUUUUUUGCCUUUUGAUAUCUUAGUUUUAGCCUCACUUGGAGUUUAUAUUUGGUUUAGUGUUAGUUGGAUUAAUGUCUUUAAUAAAUUUCCCUCUAGGCAUCUUGAUUCCCCCUAAAUUUGUAGGGAAAACCCCCAAGCUGGCAUCACUGUUUAUAGAAAUGAUUUUACCAUUUACAAAACGGGUGCAUUUGACGACGUUAAACAUGGGUAAGACUGACAUGCGGCAGCUAUAUUUGUCUUAUUAUCGCACGAUGCUCUAUAAAUAUUUUAAUAAAAUUAUGGAAAUGAUAAUGUUCUCAUUGUACUCAUUUAACACAAAGUUUACAAGUUUUGUAGAUAAUUAGCGACUGGUGUCUGUUAAGGUAACAUACACGGUCCACUAGUCUUUCCCUUUGAUAAUAUUCGUUAUUGGUAGAACUGAAAUCAAGGCAGCAUUAUUAGUAAAUACAGUUCGAGACUUCGAAUUCGAGAAUUCUAGACAUUUUGGAAAGUUCUAUAUUAUCCAACCUUAAGGCAUACCAUCAUCAUCAGCCUAAUUUUGGUCCAUUUCUGGAUUUAGGCCUCCAGUACACCCUGCCGCUGGCUUCUGCAUUGACUGGGAGCCAUCCAUGUUAAUCCAUUCUAAGUUGCGGUAUUUUGCUCUACAGUACUAAAGUAAAGUAAAUAAUAAAUGUAGGCCUUCUUUUAUUGAUUAGUUCAGGGUUUUUGUUAAUUUUAAGUAUUUUAUCAAAUUUACUUUGCUCUGAAGUAAGCUGCAAUAUCUUGUUGCUAACUUCAGUUUUGUAAAAUUAUGUACAUAUAGGUAAGUAUUUAUCUGCUAUGGUUCUUUUAUUCUGGCAUUUAUUGUGUUCUGUAGAUUGUCUAGUUCUGGAUGUCUAUGAAUCAAAAAUUGGUUGUGUUUUGUAUGUUUACCCACCGAUUGUAUUAUCAGAACAAGUUAUACAUUAGAGUUUCAUCAUCGGAUGCUAUAUUCCUACUACUAAAGUGUUUCCAAACCAAUUCUUGAAGAAAAAUUCUUAAAAGGCAACUCUUGCUUGCUUCAUGUGAUUUAAACAUUUUUCUACAUUUUUGCUUUAGCUAUGUUUUUUAAAUUUAAUUAUAUUCUUACGUUUAUUUUUAUUUCGUUCCGUUUUUAUAGUUUCAUGAAUAUGGUUUAAAUGCACUCAAAAAUAGUUGGUAACUUAUAUCUUUAUACAUAUAUAUUUUAUAUUGUUCGUAGACAUCAAAUUGUAAAUAAUAUUUGUAUUUUUUUAAUCUAGUUUAUUAGCUAAGUUUAGCGAGGUUGAUGAAUUAUGGUAUAGAUAUAAAACGAUGAUAUAUUUGGUUUUUAAUUAAUGUAAAAUAUAAAAAUAUAAUUCUCAGUUUGUAACCAAAGAAAAAAAUAUGUUUAAUUUUAAAACAAUUAAUUUGAUCACCAGUUUUGUAUUAAAAAUGUAUAAUUAUAUGUUACAAAUGAUUUUAGAUUUUAAACACAGAUUAAUAGUGUCCGCAAAUUGCUAAUGCGAUGGAACUUUGUCACAGUGACAUGAAAGUAAUAAUAAUUAUUAAAAAGCAAAAAAUCUAGUAAUUAAUACAAGUAUGAUAAACCAUUUUGGUUUAGUAAAAUAAUGAUUGUAGAGUCGGUUGGCGAACGAUUGUUUGACUUGACAACGUAAUAACAACACAUUGAUGAAUACUUUUAUGAUUAUUAAAUAAUUUAAUUGAGUUAGCACUCUUUUGUAUUUAUUCGAAGAAGGAGUAAAUCCUUUGACGCAUCAAGUAGAAGAUGGAUAGAUAUAUGCGGCGUAAGUGUACAAUGAGCGCAACGGGACAAUUUGGGGGAGCAUUGUCCUGUUACGCUCCGCAGCCCGAGAUCGAUUAUUUAUAGGUUGUUACCACGAAAGUACAUGUAUUGUUAUUCAGCCACUAUUCAUUACAAAAUACUGUCCAGGCGCAUUAGCAAUUUGCGAGGUAAUUACGUAAUCAAUAAAUAAUACAAUAUUAAUUUAUCUUUUAAACACGAUUAAAUAAGAGAAAAUUAAGUACUAUUGAAUUAUUUUUGUUAGAAUGUUUUAGCUACUAGAAGUUAAUGUCUAAGUGUAUAUGUCAGAGCCAACUAAUUUAAUAAGCAGUUCAAUUAACAGCCUAGCCGUUUAACUAACGGCCUGAAAGAUAGCCAGCCAGUUGAUCAAACAGCUAGCCACAUGACUUGGAUCUUUGACGUUUCAUUUUUUUUGCCUAGCCUGUUGCCUGUUAAUUUAAAUUUAGUUCCAAGUAUAUUGGAAGAUUGAAAAUAAUGUUAACUUAGCUGUGACUGAUCAAGAAUUAGAUAUUUAAAUAAAUAUUUUUUAUGUCAGAUGUUUUCUCUUUUAUUUCUACCACAUGGUCACUUUAUCGUACGAAUGACCUAAGCAUUAGCCAGCCAGUUUAUUAAAUGUUGCACAAUGUCUUUCAGAUUGCUAGUUAAACGGUGAUGUUUAAUUAAAUGGCUAGGCUGUUAAUUAAACGGCUUAGUAAGCUAGUUGGCUGUGACAUAUACAUCAUAACCGUAGUAAAAUAUUUUUUUUUUACUUUAAGGUAGAUAGCGAUGAUUAGGUAGCGUAGUAUGACUCCUAUCUGUCAUAAUUUAUAUUUUGACAUACAGGAGUCAUAGUUCGCGCUAAGAACCACUAAACAUAAAGUGUGUUAUUAGAAAGCGAAAUGACAAUAUGACCAGUAUUAUAUACUCUUUAUCAAAAGAAGCAUAUAAAAUUUAUUUUAAUAAAAAAUGCAGCUAUUUUGGCUUUAAUACUCUGAACAUAUCGACGAAAACAAUAAUAAAAACUGUCAAAUAAAUGGCUUUUGAGGGCGUGAUUUGAGUUGAAGUCACGUUGAAGGCCUUUAAGCAACGAUCAAGCGUACAUUUGUUCUUUGACGAAUUUCAAAAUAGCUUGGUUUGUCACCAACAAUCUUUUGGCGGGAAAGGAGUCGCCAUCUGUCAAGGCAUCUUUUUAUAGACUAUUAUAGACUAUUCAACUAUCAAACAAAGCGCUGUUCCCGGUACUCACAGCUUAAAUUUUUUUUUAAAUUAAAUUAAAAAAAAUAUAUAUAUAAAAAAACCCUUCGCCAUUUUACUUUAAAGCUCUGAAGAACGCAAGAUAGUAUAGCCUCUUUUAAAAGUAAAAGGCAGUUAAAAUAUAGUAACUAUUGUUGUAUUGACUUGUAUGUUUUUAUUAUAUAAAAUUUAUGUAAAAUUUAACACUGACAUAUAUCCUGUGAUAUGUUUUGCACUAAUCACGUUUAUAUAAGCUGUUGUAUAUAAUGAGCCAUAUGAACUUAUGAACUAGCUUUGUAUAGAUUUUAAGCGUAACUGGAAAUAUUUUUAAUCUAUGUAUGGGCUACAUCGACAUGUCUGUUCUUAAUCUUUUUUGUUAUUGUCAAUGUCACGGUGACAACUGAGCUUUGACUAGCAAGCUGGAUAUAGUUUGUCAUUCACACUACUGUCAUCAGUGAGAGGUGCAGCUUUGACAAUUGACAGUUUAAAAUUACCAGUUACGAUUAUAAGAAUAUUGUUCGGAUAUGCUAUUUUCCGUAAUUGUCAAAUACCAAAAUCUAGUGUUUAGUUGUUUAAGUUCCCGACUGAACCAAAAUAUAGUUGGUACGUGUUUAUGAACACUUAAUAAAUGAAUUAAAUUA